CAUUUACUUACUUUACAUUUACACCCGUGAAGACGUGUUUAUGCAUUAAUUUUUGUUUUCAAAGAUCUUUUAAAUGCAACAUUUUAUAAAUGUUUUUCAUUGAUAUUGUGCGGUGGGAGUUAUGGGCUAGGGUAUUUCAUAAACAGUGACGUUUUCUCAUCGCUUGGUUAAAGUUUAUGUGGUCGCUAACUCUAGUGUCCUACAUUCCUAUGCAUUUUACGCAAAUGGAAGAAAGUUAUGCAUACGGAGUGUGUCUUUUUAAGGGAGUGACUUAACAGACGCCGGGAAUGGAUGGCAUCUCGUCUCGUAGUCGUGUUUGAUAGAUUGAGAAACUCUGGUUAUGUAUACUUUAAUUGAGAUAGCGCUUAGUGUGGGAGUGCUCGUCAGUCUCGUUACUGCACUCUCCGCAUGUGUUUGUGGCUGCAAGAAUUCCAAUCAGAAAAGUGAGUUGGUUGGUACAGCCGGUGUAGUCAAAAUCCGUUUUGACGAGGAGGCCCCUUCGCCGGCACCCACGACGCCCGCGUCUAUUAAGCGGGCGUCGACGCAGAACAGCCAGCGCAGCCUGCCCGAGAUCCCGCAGCCCGUCGGCCGCCACGACAGUGGAGACACCGCCUCCGAGAUAUACGCCACCGUCAACUUGGAUGCUGGAAACAAGGCCGCCGCAGAACCGUCAACAAGCAGAGAACAUCCGUACGAGCAUGCAUACGCUAAGCUACAGAAUGACAAUCAUAAUAUUACUGUGGAAAUAACACCUGACAACCGGGAGGAUGAGCUAGCAAUAGACGAGAGAGAUGCGAACCAGUCUGGACCAGAUUCGGUAGUGAUAUCGGCGCGCGUGGCGAUCAGCGGCGCGCUGCCGUCCAGCCACGAGCUGCCGUACAUCACGCCGCCGUCGCCGCGCCACACCCAGCACUUCAGCGGCGACUCCACCGACUCGGCCAAGGGCUACACGAGCAUCUCGGUGCGCGAGCCGCUCAGCAACAUCCGCGCGCAGCACGCCGCCGCCGCGCCGCACUACGCCACCGUGUCCGACGACUCGGACGAGAUGUACGCGGCCAUCGAGGAGGCGGCGGCGGGGUCGGGCUCGGACACGUACGCGCAGAUCCCCGAGCCGCGCCGCCGCUCCGCCCGCGGCCUGCCCGACGACCACCACGCCAGAAGAAGUGCGCCGCCUGAGAUAGGCGCAUCCUCGUCUAACGGGACUCAUUCGAGACAAGCUUCAUCGUCGUCGUGCUCGAACUCGACGGGCGCGCUGGGCUCGCCCAAGCCGGAGAAGCGCCAGGCCAACUCCCCGCUGCCGCCUCCGCCGCCCGCCUCCGCCAGCGCCUCCGCCACCGCCUCCGCCUCCGCCACCGCCCAUCCCCAAGCCAAGCACCAGCGCAUCUCUAGCACCGGUGAUCUCUUCAACAACGACAAACUCCGCCGGAGCCUCAACGAGAAGCACCAGCGAAACAACAGCUGCGUCAGCUCGUCCGACUUCUACGGCUGCAACUACCCCGUCGACAAGCACCGCUUCAGCUCCGGCGACCUCAUCCGGCCGCUGGUCGCCAAGGAAAUCGACAUCGACCGGCCCGACCCGCCCGACCCCCGCGGCAGCCCCGCGCGCAACCUCGACGACAUGUACGCCAAGGUCGUGAAGAAGGCCAAGGGGAAGCUCCACGACGAGCCCCGCCACGACCACGACCACGCCGAGCCGCGCGCACCGCACUACCGCGCCGACGACCCCGGCUACGAGACCAUCGACAGGAGCAAGGCCAACCACGGCUACGAGACCAUCGCGCACAAGGAGCGCAAGGUGUCCCAGAACCAGGACCCGGGUUACGAGACGGUAAAAGACGUUAACAAAUCCGCGCCGAAUUCCAACUUCGCCAAUAACAACAUGCUCGGCAAGUUGAACCACGUCUCCGACGGCGGUCCCGACAGCCUGAUCGGCAGCGACGCCGGGUACGAGCAUAUCUCCAAGAUGGACAACGGCGCCUCGGACUCCGAGCCCAACUACGAGGUGCUCCGCAACCAGCCGCCGACGCCGCCCUAUGCCACCAUCGCGCCCACCUACUCCACCGUCAACAAGCGGCCGGGCAAAUACGCCGACUGGCCCAACAACAACGGCGACCUCGUCGAGUCCACCUACGAGUCCAUGCCGCACGACCCGCUCUACAAGGGCAGCGGCAGCGAGUCCGACCCCAACUACGAGUCCGUCCGCCCGAAGGACCCCAACUACGACGACGUGCGGACGAGGGACCCCGACUACGAAUCGCUGAGACUCAAAGACCCGAAAUAUGAAUCCGUGCGGUCGAAAGCCUCCAAAAGCGAUUCGAUGAGGUCCAAGAAGGAUCCGAACUACGAAAGCGUUAAGUAUUUCGAGUUGUCUAAAAAGGAACCGCCGUACGAGGAGGUAAAUAACUCGGCGGGGGGCGCUCACGUGGAGCGCUCUGACUCGGGCGCCGGCUACGAGCGCAUCGCGCCGCGCGACCAGCACCACCAGCAACAGCAGCAGCAGCACCACCAGCAGCAGCAGCACCACCACCACCAGCAGCAGCAGCAGCAGCACCACCAGCAGCAGCCCGCCGGCCACGGCGCCGACCACGUCAGCGAUUACUUUCAAGUCUAAACAAGCAACCAACGACGGAGGUGGCGCCGCCUGUGGCCUCCACCUAGACGGCUGCCCGUCGUGCGAGAUUUUAAUAUGAAAUUUUCAUAACACCGAACGAUUAGGAGUUUGAGAUUGUGCUUUUUUUAUUUUAUUUUGUCAUAUUUUAUACAAAUUAAAUUGUCUACAAUUUGUAAUACCUCAAAGAUGGAAGAUUUAAUAGAGAAUUAUCUUCGCUAGGUAUCUGUGAUAAAUGUAUAUUAUUAUGAUUAUUUUACUUUUGAAAAAUGACGCGGUAGAAUAUAUUACGAGUAACGUGGUGAGUUAUGUUCGUUCGUAAUCUCCAUAAAGUAGUGUGUUCAUAAAAUAAGAGUUACGAUUACGAGAUCUGUAUACCGGUGUAGGUAUACUGCAUGUACAAACAUAGAUUGUAUAUGACGACAAUGUAAUUUAUGAUAUAUCUGAUUAUUUACUUAAGAUUAAACGUACUUGGAGUGUCGGAGAUACUUAGUGUCUUGAGUGUUAAGAUAGUUUGCAUAGUGUUGGUGACACGAGGGGACAUGAGGAGGGACUGAGUGGAAGGGACAAUAUUCGCCUAACACUGCCUUGUGUCUUCGAUCAAAUACAUCCUACUCGAAGUUACGUCUGCAAAGCAAUCUUAACAAACAGUAUUAUAUAGUUCCAAUUGAUUGUGGCUUUCGAGUAGAGAUGUUAUUUAAUAUCACUUAAAUGUAUAUGUGAGUGGCACAGUAAAUGCAUCAUUCUGCGCGAGGUAACCUUACGUACAAAUUGAUAUUUGCGAGUCCCUAUGUAGCAUGGUUCGUUUGCUCUGCCGACCUCUAUUUAGCGGUGACUAUUAUUAUAUUUUCUAAUAAUUUAUGUUUCAUGUUGUUAUGUUGAAUUUGUUAUUAAAAUAUUAUUUAAGAGUAUUAAGUACAUAAUUAUUUGGUGUCAUAACUUUUACAGUUGUUAGUAAGAGUUGAUUUUUGUGAUUAGUACCUGAGCAUAUUGUUUUACUUUCAUCAUAAUGGACGGACACCUCUACAUUCACGCAUUAAAUUAUAUACUUAAAAAGCUUGUGCCCUUGAUUUGUACUCAUUUAUCGUAAGCUUGAUUCCAAACAGCACAAUGCCAUUGAUAUUAUUCUACCUUUUUGUAACUUUUAUAGCUUUUUUAAUAUGUAUAAGUUAUGUGAUAAACGAACACCAUUUUUAUACCUAUUAAAUUUCCAGUUAUAGUACAGUAUUAAUAAAAAAUUGUACAAUAUUCCACAAAACAAAUCAUUCCAGGUGUAAUAAUAGAUCCAAUGACUAUAAAUAAUAUUUAAUGGAAUUAAAAAUAUGCCAUAAACGGUU